AUGGCCGCGGCAAACAGAUCGUCCCGGAAAAAGAUCUCCAACUCUCCGGCUGGCCGCAGGAAGAGUCGCACAAGACCGCGCUUCUCACCCCGGUCUCUCCAGUCGCUUCGCUCCCCCCAACCUCGCAAAAACAGCCUCGCCCCCCGAGGAGGCCGAGGGACAGGGCGCAGGAGCCCAUUUGGGAGAUCCAGCAAACCCGCGGGAAACAGAUCCAAACGAAACUGGAACUCGCCCAAGUUCAGCGUGCUUCCGGCUUCAAACGACCCGCUCGAAAAAACCCGCCAGAGCUGUUUCGAACGACAACCCAUUCCGGAAGGCUAUACUUUCGUGCCAAAAGGAGAUGUCUACAUUACGCGCCAUUGCCGAGUCAAGACUAAAGAGUCUCAGCGGACGGUUUACGCUGUCUAUGACAAAUCCGGCAAAAGGCCGCUUGGCCUCCGAGUGCCUUCCGACAUCUAUGCAGCGGUUUCUCAAUCAGCAGCCGCGACAGCCGAUUCCCGUGCCAAUGCCGUCAAGCUCCGCGAUGAGCGGGAGUUAGCCAACUCCCGGCAGCUCCUUCGCACCCAGUUCCCCCUUAUGCCUGAAGACUCCCUGGAGACAAUCCUCGAUCAUGCGUUUCUUAAGGGAUCCGGCCGUGUGGGACGAACGGCAACGAAAUCGGAUGCACAGAAAGCCAAUCUCGCCGUCGAGGCGUACAUUCGACACAAUCACACUCCUUACGAAGCCUUACUCAACCACGGGCAUGGACGGACAGAGGCCAGAAAUGCAGUGUGGAACACUGUACGAUCCAUCAAAACGGCAUGGGAGGGUGGCUCUGUCGAGCCAGUGGGUUUGGUCACCCUUCGGAGUCGGAAACCACCUGGUUUGGAAAUGGAGCCACCAGACCAGGUCUGCCUGAUAUCCUAG